AUGGGCGGCAACGAUUUCGAUUUUGCAGGGGAAGGGGGAAUGCACACAACCUGCUCGGAGGACGAAGAAGAGCUGAAGUUUCUUACGCCAGCGUUCGCCAAUUGGGCGGAUCAGGUGGAGUACGAGGAGGCCCAGCUGCUUGCCGAGACCGGCGAGCGGCUCACGCUGACCUGGGAAGAGAUAGCGUCCGAGCUCGAGAGCUGCGAUCAGCAUCUUCAGCUCAAUUCGACUGCCUACUACUCGCUCCCCCGCUUCGAAUCGAUAAGGAAUGGAAGAGGAGCGUCUUACUCGCGAAGCCCCACACCAAAGGUGCUGGCAAGCGCCUACCGAGGAGACGAGGAUGAUGAAUUGGGCGAGUACGUGGCCAUGAUCAAGGCGGCCAAGGCCAGGCGCGACCGACCCCAGCGCGGGCUGCCACCGCCCCGCACCGCCAAGCGAGGAGAAGCCGCCAAGUCCUCCUCCUUCGCCAUCGACGAAGCCUUCCACGCCGCUGCGGCCGUUCGCAGGGCUGCACAGAAGGGCGGCGGCGCGACGCAGCCCCCACGGGGCACGAAGCGCAAGAGCCGCAGCAGAAGCCUCGACACCGAGAACGAUCGGGCAGCGGACGACAAGAAGACGAAGAAGGCGGCCGCGAAGAACUCGCAGCAUCAACUGCAGAAGCAGAUGAAGGAGGUGAAGAAGAGGGAGAAGGCGGCGAGCGAGGCCGGGCGGAAGCUGUUCGUGGGCGGCAUCGUCUUCGCCGACCUGGAGGACGACACCGAGGCGCGCGAGGUGCGGUGCCCGGAGGAGGCGGCCCUGCUGGCCGAGGUCAGGCGCGAGGUCUUUGUCGACGUGGUCCUGGGCGCCUUCGGCGAGAUCGACAGCAUCAAGGCGGAGUGGGACGAACGCUACUGCCACGUCGUCUACGGCUCGCGCGAUGCGGCCGAGCGCGCCUUCGCCGGGCUGAGCGACCACCAGGAGCGCCGGCGGCUGUGCCAGGUCGAAGCGGCUGCGCUCCUGCGCGAGGAGGGCCUGCCCGAGGCCGCCGCGCCGCUGCCCAACUUCUACGUGCGCUGGCCCAAGGACGACCCCAUUCGAUGCCCCGCGACGCCCGGCCACCGACGAGAUCGGGAAUCGGUCGCAACGACAUGCAGUCGACGUCGGAGCGCAGAGAAGAUGAGCGGCGGAGGAGAAAGAGCACAAGAGCAACAGCACAGCACGGAAGACGAGGGGGAGCGACUGCCAGAAGAAGAAAAGAACGAAAGCGAAGAGGAGUCGUCCCGAGCAGCUACGGACAACGGAGCAAGAGAAGGGAGAGAGCGGCGUGUAGAUACGAAGGAGCAAGAAAGAGAGGCGGAAGAAGAGGAGCGACACAACAGCAAGGCAUCGACGGCGACCGUCAACGCGUGGACGUUGAUGCGCGACCGGUUGGCGCUUCAGCUUUGCGUCGGAGUCGCCAGCCUGGCCAAGGUCAGGAACCGGACCCACCAUCAUCAUCAUCACGGACCCUCGGCCCUGGUGCUGUGUCUGUUCACCCUGUACAGGGUGUCUAUUUUACCGUGUGUCGUGCUGCGCUAG